AGUGCAUUGCUUUGCAGAUAACAUGCUGAAAUUAAGUAUGUUACGAAAAUUAGAACUACAAGAGGAAGGAGGUUACAUUGGUAACAUUAUUGAUUGUUAUCUUCAAAAUUGCCCAAGUAUAGAUGAAUUGUCCAUCGACUUUAGGUGCUCGAUUACUACUCCAGUAUGUCACCCAUUCCUUUGGUAACGAAUGAGCUGAAUUCGCCAAUAGGACCUGUGGAACAAAGAUAUUUUGCGCUGCUUGGUAUUACCUAACCUCGCAGUGCUUGUAAUACGAAUUGCAAGAGACGAUGAACAGUACCAGAAGGCUGUCUUUACUGAUGCGAUUCGGAAGUUAAUUGAUUCAGGCGUACUCCCUAAGAGGAUUGAGCCCCGCAGGGGUUCCCUAGUUAUAACUGAGAAA